UAUAUAAUUCCCAAAAUCCCUGCAGCACAUAUAUAUAUAGCCUUCAUAAAACUAGUAUACUUCAUCAUCUUUAAGAAAAUGGAGGUGAGUGGAAAAAAUAUAUCUUGCUGCUUGAAGAUUAAUGUUGUUAUGGAGAAAAUGAAGAGUUUGGGAAGAUUAACAUGUAGAAAAAUCUGGAAAGUAGGGAAAGAAGAUAAAAGAAGGGUCAUUCACUCACUAAAAGUUGGAAUCUCCUUGUCAUUGGCCUCCUUGUUAUAUUUAAUGGAGCCAUUGUUCAAAGGCAUUGGAGAAAAUGCUAUUUGGGCUGUCAUGACUGUUGUAGUUGUUCUUGAAUUCACAACAGGGGCAACAUUAUAUAAAGGGCUGAAUAGAGGACUAGGGACACUAUUAGCAGGAUUAUUGGCUUUCUUGAUUGAACGUAUUGCCAAAGAGUCUGGCCACAUAUUUCAUGCUGCUUUCAUUGGGACCACAGUUUUUCUAGUCGGAGCGGUGACUACGUACAUGAGAUUUUUCUCUCACAUAAAGAAAAAUUAUGAUUAUGGUGUGGUGAUAUUCCUCUUAACGUUCAACUUGAUCACAGUGUCAAGCUAUCGUGUUGAUAGUGUGUUGAAGAUUGCACAUGAGCGAUUUUACACCAUAGCUAUCGGCUGUGGUAUUUGUCUUCUCAUGAGCCUAUUUGUAUUUCCAAUUUGGUCAGGAGACGACCUCCAUUUAUCGACUGUUGCCAAGUUUGAAGGCUUAGCAAAAUCAAUUGAAGCUUGCAUUAACGAGUACUUUAGCGAUAAUAUUAAUCAGCAACAGGAAAAAGCCAGAGAAAAUUCAAUGGAAAUGGAGGAUCCUAUUUACAAAGGUUACAAGGCUGUUUUAGAUUCCAAAUCAUCUGAUGAAACUUUUGCACUAUAUGCAAGUUGGGAGCCAAGAUAUUUAAAAAGUUGUUCCUGGCAGCAAUAUGUAAAAUUGGGGACUGUUCUUCGCCAUUUUGGAUACACACUAGUAGCUCUACAUGGAUGCCUGCAAACUGAAAUUGAGACUCCUCUCUCAGUUCGAGUACUAUUCAAAGAUCCAUGCAAUCGACUUGCCAGAGAAGUGACAAAGGUGCUAAAGGAACUAGGCAAUAGCAUAAAAAAUCGUCGUCAAUACUGCCCAGAAAUCCAAUCUAACCAUGUCCAUGAAGCCUUACAAGACCUCAUCGAUGCCUUAAAAUCCCAACCAAGACUCUUUCUUGGCACUAAUAGUAAUACAAACAUACUAUUAGCCUUAGCAACAUUAGCCACUAGACAAAAAUCUGGUAAAGAUUAUGUAGUCUCUUUACCAAAUGUAAAUAAUGACGAUCCUGCUCGUGUUGUACUUGGUCAUAACUUAGUGUUGAAAGAGAAUGAUAAAAAGAGUUUGAAGCCCACGUUAAGCAAGAUUGGGAUUACUAGCUUGGAAUUUUUGGAGGCCCUACCAUUUGCAGCCUUUGCAUCUUUGCUAGUUGAGAUAGUUGCAAGACUUGACCUUGUUAUUGAACAAGUAGUAGAAUUGGGAAGGGUAGCUCAUUUCAAGGAGUAUAGUCAUGAUGAUGAUGUGGUUAUUAACAUAAAUUGUGAUAAUAAUCCUAGAGUGGAAACUGAGUUCUCCUCCUCCCAUGCAACAGCAGAUUGAUUCUAGACUUUAAUUAGUGGGUAUGUUUUUUCUCUAGUCUCUUUUUGAUAGACAAAAAGGAAGAGU